GACAGCAUUGGGAACUGACCUUCCACCUUUUCAGCAGCCCCGCCCAACCUCUCCGCCAAACAUCCACAAUGCUUCCAGAGGUCACAUCCCAAACCAUCCUGGACGUUCUGAUUUCCCAGGCCCGCGAAGCCCGAACCUUCCGCAGUUCGCAUGUAUCACGUCUGCCUGCCCCGCCCACCGCUCUCGAGUUCAGCAGGCUGGUGAGGGAUAACUUUCCCGUCGUUAUCGAGCAUGUGGCGGACAGCUGGCCGGCGAUGGAGCGGUGGCGAUCGAAGAUGUAUCUGGAGCAGAAGGUCACGAAGCCUGUGACGGUCGCCGUUACGCCCAACGGACUCGCCGAUGCAGUCGUAGAAGGCCACUUCGUCCUCCCCCAUGAACAAAAACUCUCUUUUGCAGACCUCCUCUCUCACUUCCCCCCAAAAUCAGCAACCACCCUCUCCGCCGAAGAAGAGAUGGACUCCUCCCAAUGGCGGUCGGGUGACCCCGCCCCCCCAACCUACUACUGCCAAUCCCAAAAUAACAACAUGCACGACGAAUUCACCGAGCUGUUGGAGGAUAUACCCCCCGAUAUCACCUGGGCGUCCGACGCGUUCGGGAAACCGCCCGAUGCCGUGAAUUUCUGGAUGGGUGGGAGGAAAUCGGUUACGGCGCUGCAUAAGGAUCACUAUGAGAAUCUUUAUGUCGUUGUGGCCGGGACGAAGACUUUUAUACUUAUUCCACCGCAGGAGCAGUUCUGUCUCUAUGAACGCCUCUUCCCAACUGCCACAUACCAUCCCACCCGAACCUCCUUCACCGAACCCCCAACCUGGACCAUCCUUCCCACCUCCCCCCAAACAUCAACGCCCUGGAUCCCCGUCAACCCCCUGCACCCCUCCCCCACCGACCACCCCCUCUACACCCAGCACUGCCGCCCCCUAAUCGUCACUGUUCACGCCGGCGAAACCCUCUACCUCCCCUCACUGUGGUACCACCAGGUUUUGCAAGAGGAGGAAGGGCUCGACAGGUUCCGCGCGGUGGUUGCGGUGAACUAUUGGUAUGAUAUGAGUUUUGGGGGGGCUUGGGCGGCGGGUAGGGUGGUGGGGAGGUUGGGGAGGGUUGUGACGGGGGUGGAGGAGUGGGAGGAGGGAGAGGAUGGGGAGGAGGAGUAG